AAAUCCUUUCUGCUCCUCCUCCUGCUGGGUGUACACUGGCAUGUUACGGGGAGCGAAUGAAGUUUGGCGGUUGAAAAGAAGCCGGUCCACCCCCCUCGUCCUCCUUCCUUGGCCACGCCCCCUAUCCCUGUUCGCCUGGGCUACUGGCCGUGAGCCACCUCUCUCUUUCCUUCAGUUGCUCUAGUGGCAGGUCAGGGGGGAAGGAAGGAAAGAGGGUAGGCGCUGUUCUCCGCUCAGUUGGGGAGUAUUGAGGUUGCCUUCCUCACCUCACAACUGCCUUAAUUCAACCCUCCCCCCCCCCCGUCCCGGGCUUCUGUGCGCGCGCCUCUAACGGCUUCUGAGUAACGAUGCAGUUUAUGUUGCUUUUUAGUCGUCAGGGGAAGUUGAGACUUCAGAAGUGGUAUGUCCCAUUGUCUGACAAAGAAAAGAAGAAAAUCACAAGGGAACUUGUUCAAACGGUCUUAGCCCGUAAACCGAAAAUGUGCAGCUUUCUUGAGUGGAGAGACCUGAAGAUUGUCUACAAAAGGUAUGCAAGCCUUUACUUCUGCUGUGCCAUCGAAGAUCAGGAUAAUGAGCUAAUAACCCUGGAAAUAAUUCACCGUUAUGUAGAAUUGCUUGAUAAAUACUUUGGAAGUGUAUGUGAACUUGAUAUCAUCUUUAAUUUCGAGAAGGCUUAUUUUAUUUUGGAUGAAUUUCUUUUGGGUGGGGAAGUUCAGGAGACUUCAAAGAAAAAUGUUCUUAAAGCCAUUGAACAGGCAGAUUUGUUACAAGAGAGCCAGAAUGAAGACUGGGGAGGUUUGUCUGAGGAUAUCUUAUGAUUAAGGCAGUCUAAAGCCUUAGACUUUUGAUCCUCAUCCAUUGGAAGCGGAGACCCCUCGUAGUGUACUUGAAGAAAUUGGACUGACAUAAGCUGAGACCUUUGCUGAUGUCUUGUGUGGUGUUUCACAUAACUGUAAAUGUUCACUGCCUCCAUUUAAUGUUAGCUAAUGGUGUUAUGAUGCUAUUUGUCAGUAUUACUGUUCUGCUAAGCUACUUCAUUCAGGCCUACAAGAAAAAAAUCUGUUUACUGUAAAGUAAAAAAGGGAGAAAACAUUUUAAAAAUCUUUUUAAAAGAAUAAAAAGGAUUUUACAGUGGAUUUAAAGCACAGUAUUUAAUACCAUUGACAAGUCUUAGAUGGCAGAGUUAUUUAUAAAAUUAUCAAAUUGCCAUCAUACAAAUGUAUCUGUAAAGCUGUGUGGUAUGCCAUAUACUGAAAAGAAACAAUUGUGUAAGGUAAUAGGUGAAAUGCAUCAACAUAGAACUUGGAUUUGUGUAACCAAAGACUUUUUCUCUAAAGUCAGCAUUUGUUAAAACUCAAGUUUUAAGUUACUAAAGAAGAUUGGAGGGAAACAACCAUGUAUGGCCGCUUAUUAUACCAAAGAAUCCUCUAAAGGUCUGCAAGUUAAAACUGUUGUGAGCUGUUACAGUACCUUUGUUUUUAGCAACAGAGAUGUAAACAAUUUAAUCAGAAUGAAACUAUGGUUUAAAAAAUUCAACCUCAAAAAUAAGUUCAUGUACUAAAAAAGGGAAGACAGGCUACACGGCAUUUCCACUUGGAAAAAAACACCUUAUUUUGUUUAUAGUAUGGCUUGUGGUCACAAUCAAUUCAAGUGCAAAGCAGUGUUAAUUCAAAAUCAUCUGGAAAACUGUUGAUGUAAACUGAAGAAUAAGGGAAUGCAAUAAAUAUGAGAAUGGAUUUAAUCUGCCCCUAGAAACAAAACUAUCUAUAAUUACCAGUGUUGUCAUUGCUAUACUUUACACCAGAUUGGAUAGUUUGACAACUUGUAUAUUUUAAUUGUUGCAAUAUUUGCUUCCAUCUCACACAUUACAUUUACUUGAAAAGUGAAAUGCACCCGGGAAGCAAACUUUACACUGGGAAAUUCAACUAGCUGAGUGAGGAGUCCCAGUAAAUCCUGUGUACAUUUACUUAGAUUUAAAUCUCAUUGAACAAAAUGAGACUUCUUUGUUGUAAUCAUGCAUUGGACAGGGCUACACAGAUAUCAGAAAGCUGUACUCUUACUUACUGUAAUGCACAUUUUUGCUGUAUGAUCUUCAGUAAAUUAGUACAAGGAAAACCUCAAUAGAGUUCCUGUUGCUGAAAGCACUUCCCAUAAGUAUGUGUAUUUGUGCUCUUAUCCCACCCCUGAAAUGCAUACCUUUCAAAAUACAUGUGACUAUUAAAUUAAUACCCUAUGGCUUGAUUUGCUGUGAUCAGUGUAUUCUAAAGCUUCUAAAUGCUUUACUAUAAACGGUGCCAUAAAUCUGAAAGAGUAUCGUUUCAUGCCAGGUACUGGCCACAUCAAUGGAAAUCUUGGGACAAUGUUUUUGCAUAAGGUACAUAGGAGUCCAGUUCUACAUUUCACUCACAGAAAGCCUGGAAAAAUUAAUUUCUAGUAUGAUGCUAAAAUUACUGAACACGUCAAAAUGUCAGCUGAAACAAUUUCAUGUGCAUUUAAAUCAUGUUUAAGGUUUACACUGUUGCCUUGUAUGUGCUUGGUUGGAAAAGCUUUGUUGUGAUUGUGACAUAAACUGCGUGAACACUGUCUUAGUAUCACACCAGUUUAGUUGUAAUAAAUGUUCAUUUUUACUCCA